AUGACACACACACACACACACACACACAGAGCAGCCCCACCCCAAGGCUGUGUACCAAACGAGCCGACGACCUUGCUAUGCUACCCAAGGGACCAGAGUCGAAACCAACGCGGCAAAGAUAGGGAGGCAGUUUCUGCAAGGACGCGGUUGAGAAGAAGCUUACCGAACUCAGCAGCUACUUGCUGUUGCAAAACCUCAGCCCUUGCAGAAUCACCGAGUUGGAACUUGGAAAUGGCGUUUCCAAGGAGCCCUGAUUCCAGUAUGAGCAGCUAUGCUUCCACUCUGACGCUGAGCAGCUGCCCCAGCUCCUAUAUCUCCAUAGGCAGCAGCAACCCAAGCUCAUUUACGGCCUUCGCAAUAAUCCCCACCGGUGCCGGCGAUCACAGCCCAGCACUAGCAGCCACAGGAGCUCCUGGAUUCACACAGGGAAAGAAGCUUCAGCAGCAUCAGGAUCCUCCGGAAUCAGAAGCAAAGUUCCCUAAGCAAGAAACUAACGGCUGGGAGCAUCCAUACCUCUGUUCACCAUCCAAGCAACUCAAGAACGUAAGCACUUCCAUCAAGGAGAUCAGUCGCUGGGCAAGAUCUUCGCCGGGAGUAAAGGUGAACUCAAACAUCCGGCUCUUGGAGUCUGUACUUUCUUUGAUACAAGUGGUAACUUCGACAGCACCACACCCAGAUCACAUCGUCGACAUGAUACGGGUCCAUGAUGCGCUUGCUAACCUGUUGCUUGUCCUGCCCAAGAAUAUCUUCCCUUUACUGGUGCAAAGUUUUGCUCAGAUUGUAGAUGAAUUAAGCCCGAAAGGAGGUGCAUCUUUAUCAGCAAGGUUCGAAAAGACACUGCAUGAUUUGCGAAGAAGCAUAAGGAGUGGUCUUCAGGAUGGCAAGGUUGCAAUGCGGACGCUGCAAGAUAAUGUUGCUACCUUGAUCUCUCACUUGGAAAUUAUGCUUGAGAAAGAAUCUCAUCGCUAUCAAGAUGCAGGGUUAAAACAAAUGUUCAUGGUGAAUAACGUGAACUUUGUGCUGCAUCAAGUAGAAGGCUCAGAGAUAAAGUAUCUUCUAGGAGAUGAUUGGGUUCUGAAGCACCAAGACCAACUGAAGGACCACAUCUCAUCGUUCAUCAAUAUUUCUUGGGAAUCUGUCAUGUAUUGCUUCCAUGUAAAGACCAACAAAAUCUCAAUCUUUUCUAGCCUACCAACACUGCAAAUAUUUAACCUGGAAUUUGAGAAAACUUACUAGACUCAGAAGACAUGGAAAGUUGAAAAUCCUCUGCUCCGGUCCAAUAUGCGUAAAUCAGUAUCAGAGAAGCUUGUUCAGGCUUACAGUACAUACCUUGAGAAUCACAAACACAAAGCUCCAAAGCUUAUGAAGUACACCCCUGAAGAUCUUGACGAGCUGCUGUCAGAUCUGUUCGAAGGAUAAUGGGCGUAGCUAAAAAGAGGAGAAAGCACAGAUGCAUCUGACAAAUCGUUGUCAACAAAUCUGAAGGAUAAAUGGCCCCUUGAGCUAGGAGGAAGAUCCUAUUUAGAUGCAUGCUUCCAAAGCUUGCGUAGUGAAUAUGGAAGUGUAACUGAUAUAUCCUUGAUAUGUUAAGAUUGAACUGUACCUGAGGUUCUAGAAGCUGUGUGGUUGCUGCAGUUGUGUGGUUGCUGCAGUUGUAUGGUUGCUGCAGUGUGAACUAUGUAUAAAAUUUUCAAGUAAACAACUAACACAUACUA